AUGAAACCUUCCACCAAGAGCCCACUGGCCGCAUCAGCGGUGGCCAAACUCAGGCUCCCACAUCCCUACUACACGACCUACUAUGCUACGCCUGCUGAAGAACAGCCAUCAGGGGUCUCGCAGAGUCUACAAGUCCAGAAAGACGAACACGAGCAACGGUCGAGCGGCGCCGAACCGUUGGAAGAGGAGCUGCACAAUGGCAAUCUUCGUUACACCUCCCUAGCAGCACCGGAAGGCAACCUUCCUCCAGACUCCAACAACUCGCCAUGGGCACGCGCAAGGCGGUCACCGUCAACGAGAUUCUCUUGGGGAGAAAAUAGCACACCCACACUUGGACAAGCCUGGCUGAUAAUCUACGCCAUCUUUACCCAGGCUCCCGAACAUGAGUACUUCCGCCUCGAGCUCUCUGGCAGCAACACCAGGUCUCUCCGUGAGUCACUUCUGUCAUCAACACUCGCCAUCCCCCAUCCAUCUCCCGAUCGCGGGCGCCCCGAACAACACUCUACGGAAGGCGCUUCGGAGCUACUUGUCCUCCGUGGCAACUUCUGGCAAGGUGCCGGCUCGCCCAUCGGCUCACGCUCAGCCUGGAUCCCGCUCAACGGCGGCUCAUCCAACACGACCACCACCAACUACACCAUGACGACCAAAUUCCCGCAGACGCCCGUGCACCGCUUCCACCCGCGCCGGGCCGUGAAGCCAGCGCCGGGCUCAGUCAUCUACAGUCGAUAUAUCCCCUCGUUGGAUGAACAUUUCUCUAUGAUCGCCCUCGACUACGAAAACCCCGAGCACUUGGACAUGUUCCACAACUGGCAAAACGACCCACGCGUGGCCAAGGGAUGGAACGAGACGGGCGACCUCGAGCACCACCGAACCUACCUGCGGAAUCUGCACGAAGACCCACACGUUCUCACCGUACUGGCGAGAUUCGAGGACAUCUGCUUCGCCUACUUCGAGAUCUACUGGGCCAAGGAAGACCACCUCGGCGCGCACUACCCGGCCGGCGACUUCGACCGCGGGCGCCACGCCCUCGUCGGCGACGAGCGCUUCCGCGGCCGCUACCGCGUCACCGCCUGGUGGUCCGCCACCAUGCACUACAUCUUCCUGGACGACCCCCGCACGGGCACCAUCGUCGGCGAACCGAAAGCCACCAACAGCUCCGUGCUGGCCUACGACUUCAUGCACGGCUUCAGCAUGGACAAGGUCGUGGAUCUGGCCCACAAGCGCAGCGCCCUCAUGAAGUGCUCGCGCGAAAGGUUUUUCCAGCUGUGUCCCCUCGAUCAUGCUGGCGGGUAUAUUGGUGGGACAGGGAUUCAGUUGCCGGCGAAACUGUAG